AAAAGAAGAGCCGUAGCCGUAGCUGAGAGGAGAAGAAGAAGAAGAACUAUUAGCUGGCUACAACGUUUUGAACGUUGAGCUAGCGAAAAAUAAAAAAAAGUAACCUGCAACACCACCACGGAUUUCUUGUGGGAUAAACGUACAGGCUUGGCUGCCAAAACGAUGCCUCACACUAGAAGAUACUCCUCUUCAGAGAGAGACAGUCGGAGUAGCUACCAAGACCGUUACAGAGACAGAGGGCGCAGACAUCGACAUCGAAGAUCACCUACUUAUUCAUCCAGCAGCGACAGAGACAGAAAAAGAGGAUAUAGACAGGAGGGCAGCUGUGUACGCUCCAGAAGUCGUAGCUAUGACAAUCGCUCAUUGGAGCGCCGGCCAUUUGACCGGAGAUACUGCGAGGGAUACAGACGCCUGGAUCAGAGCCGGGAUGUUGAUCGAGACAAGGAACCGCACGGAACAGCUGAAAAUUACUACCCACGCAACUUCUCUCCGGCCAUAUAUGACUACCGUCGCGGGCAUGAGAGGGACCGCGAACGAGAAGAGUCAUACCGACGGAAAGGCAGCAGGCGUAAGCACAAAAGAAGGCGGCGUAGAACCAGGUCCUAUAGCCCGUCCUCCUCGCGGAGCGACAGCCGGACGCGGGCACUAAGUGUGAGGGACGACGAGGAAGGGCACCUGAUCUGUCGGAGUGGGGACGUCCUGCAAGAGAGAUAUGAGAUUGUCAGCACUCUGGGAGAAGGCACCUUUGGGAGGGUGAUGCAGUGCAUCGAUCAUCGCAGGGGAGGAACCAGUAUUGCUCUAAAAAUUAUAAAGAAUGUGGAAAAGUACAAGGAAGCAGCUCGUCUGGAGAUUAAUGUACUAGAGAAGAUCAACGAGAAGGACCCAGACAACAAAUUUCUCUGUGUCCAAAUGUAUGACUGGUUUGACUACCACGGCCACAUGUGUAUCUCCUUUGAGCUGCUAGCUCUCAGCACUUUUGACUUUCUGAAAGACAACAACUACCUGCCGUACUCAAUUGGUCAGGUCAGACACAUGGCCUACCAAGUCUGUCUUGCUGUGAAAUUUCUCCAUGAUAAUAAGCUGACACACACAGACCUAAAACCUGAGAACAUCCUGUUUGUCAGCUCAGAUUUCACAAUAUCCUAUAAUGUAGAAAAGAAGCGAGAAGAGCGGACGGUUAAGAGCACAGCAGUCCGGGUGGUGGACUUUGGCAGCGCCACUUUUGAUCACGAACACCACAGUACCAUUGUGUCGACGAGGCAUUACCGAGCCCCCGAGGUCAUACUGGAACUGGGCUGGAGCCAUCCCUGUGAUGUGUGGAGCAUUGGUUGUAUCCUAUUUGAGUACUACUUGGGCUUCACCUUGUUUCAGACUCAUGACAACAGGGAGCAUUUGGCCAUGAUGGAGCGCAUCCUGGGACCAGUGCCUUCAAGAAUGAUUCGCAAGACAAGGAAGCAGAAAUAUUUUUAUCGAGGCCGUCUGGACUGGGAUGAGAGUUCCUCAGCAGGGAAAUACGUCAGAGAAAACUGCAAACCCUUGAGGCGGUACCUGCUCUCGGAGGCGGAGGAGCACCACCAGCUGUUUGACCUCAUUGAAAGCAUGCUGGAGUAUGAACCAUCCAAGCGGCUGGCACUCUCUGACUCGCUGAAGCACCCUUUUUUUGAAAGCGCCAGGAUGUGCGAGGCAGCCAGCAGCAAGAACUGGGAGGGGAACCGAGACAUCAGCCGGUGACCCCACGUCCCUCAAAAAGCCGAGUGGCCGAAUCCAGCAAAGCCUACGAGACGUGGAGCAGGUUGCCUGUUGUCUCCCAGGGCUCAGAUGCAUUACGUUGUCUUUGAAGCAUGGACACUAUAAGAUGUUACUCCUUCUCCUCCUCCCUGCUCCUCUGUUCACCUCCGCUGCCACAGGAGGACCCCGUUCAUAGCAGAGGGUCCAGAAUAACACACGAAAGCCAAAAGUCUCUCUUGCCGUCACAAUCUAAUGGAUGUCUGUGCCCACAGUCAGCUCACUAUGCAGCUUUUGUCUUCCUGAACAUCUUUGGUCACUUUCCAGGUGUGACCGUGUUGAGACAAUAAGAACUGAUAGAUCCUGAAGUGUAAGGAAAGGGCGAUAACACCUGCAUGUGCAGCACAAAUAUUGAUCCACAACCUUAGAAACAUGAAUGUUGUCAUAAAACAUACAGGUAGUUUGAUCAAUUAACCUUUUUACAUGAGUUAUUUAUAUGUGCAAAGUAAAUCCAAAAACAAAUGAUCAGAGUUUGUUAAAUAUUUAAGUGACAAAAGUUGUUGUUGCAAAUAUUUCCAGCAAGUGUCUCAGCUUUUUGUUUACUUCUGUGUUAAAGUGAGCACUUGCGUUGUGUAUCAGUUUUUUGUUUGUUUUUUAUGAAAUUACACACAGUUUUGCCCUUAAUUUUGUCUUUGCCACUGAGAUGACGGUGAUGGGCACUCCGAACCUUUGGGCUGCUGUAGCCCGCGCAUGUGAUGUGUACAUGUGUGUGUGUGUGUGUAUGUGUGCAUUGCGUUAUGCAAAACUUUCUGAGUGUGUAGGGGUGGGGGUCUUUGUUUUGCUCAUCAGAAAUUCUCACAAACUGUCUCUAUCCACGUGUGGGUCAGUUUGACCUGUGGUGAAACAUACUGACACACGCACAAAACCCCUGCUCAUGUAUGAGUUCCAGUGAACCCCCCCCCGCACACCACCACCUGUAAACAGUUUAUAUUUUGUAUAAAAUUAUAGUGUAUAAAACUGUAUAUAUGUAUGAUUGUGUAGAAUUAAAGUGAAGUCCUCCUCGCCAAAGCCUUGCAGUGCGCUUGGUGUCAGAUUGGGUCUCUGGUGGAGGAGGUGUUCUGUCUUAAAUA